ACAAAAGUUGCCAGUACUUCACUAGCUUACUCUGUGGAAAUUAGAAUAUCUUAUGUUGUCAAUGGAUCCAUCUGCUUUUGUACCCCAUGUAGCCAUCUUCCCUUUCCCUGCACAGGGCCAUGUCAACUCCAUGCUUAAAGUUGCCCAGCUUCUUUCACUUUCCAAUUUUCACGUCUCCUUUCUUGUUACAGUUGACACCCAUGACCGCCUGCUUAACCACACGGAUGUUCUGUCCCGAUUUGGUAGCGAAUUCCAUUUACAAGCACUUCCCGGUGGGAUUUCUUUAGAUGAGAUGAAUACUCGUGAUGGUGUAGGAAAGUUAUACGAUUCGGUAAACACAAUUGCGAAACCAUUUUUAAGAGAGUUUCUAGCGGAGUCACCUGUGACAUGUGUCAUUGCCGACGGAAUCUUAAGCAUGGUGGCUGAUGUAGCCGAGGAAAUCAACUUACCUAUCAUCUAUUUCCGCACCAUCAGUGCCUGUGCCUUCUGGUCCUACUUUUCAAUCCCUGAGCUACUUCAAGCUGGCGAACUUCCCCUCAAAGGAAACGGAAUGGACAUCACAUUGACAAAGGUAAAAGGCAUGGAAGAUUUUCUGAGAGGUCGAGAUCUGCCAAGUUUUUGCAGGGUGAGUGACUUAACUAGCGCGGAUUUCAGGCUAUUAUCGACUGAGACGCGACAAACCCCUCGAGCUCGGGGACUCAUACUCAACACAUUUGAAGACCUUGAAGGCCCCAUACUUUCUCAAAUUCGCACAGUUUGUCCAAAUGUUUACACAAUUGGACCAGUUCAUGCCCAUCUAAAGGCUAGACUUGCAACAAAAUGUACCUCUUCAAAUAGUUUGUGGCAAGAAGAUGAAAGUUGCAUCAAUUGGCUCGACACGCAGCCACCAAAAUCUGUUUUAUAUGUUAGUUUCGGAAGCAUUGCGGGGGUGACAAAGGAGGAGCUGUUAGAGUUUUGGUACGGUCUAGUGAAUAGUGAUCAAAACUUCUUAUGGGUAAUGAGGGCAGACCUGAUAAUUGGACAAGAGGGAAAACAUGAGAUUCCUGUGGAACUAGAGCAGGGUACUAAGGCAAGGGGCUAUAUGGCUGAUUGGGUUCCACAAGAAAAAGUCUUGGCCCAUAGGGCUAUUGGGGGUUUCUUGACUCACUCUGGUUGGAAUUCCACACUGGAGAGUAUAGUUGAAGGAGUACCAAUGAUUUGCUGGCCAAGAUUUGCUGAUCAGCAAGUGAAUAGUCGAUUCAUUGGUGAGGUUUGGAAGAUGGGAUUGGACAUAAAAGAUACAUGUGACAGAGACAUUAUUGGAAAAUCAAUUAGAAAUCUGAUGGAGAAGAGAAGAGGUGAAUUCUUGCAAAGAACAGAGCAGAUGGCAAGUAUGGCGAGAAGAACUGUCAAUGAAGGCGGGUCGUCGUACAUUAAUUUGGACCGUCUUAUACAGGACAUAAGAUUGAUGUGUCUGCCACUGAAACAGACCUGAUUCAGCUGAAUCUUGAUUUUGUAAGUGGUUGUUAGCUGGUAUUAAAUUGUUGUCUAGAGAUAGCAGAUUUAUUCUGCCCCUUCUGAAUAACUCGAGCAACAAAUGUAGCUUCACUUUUAGAACUGCAGUCAUUUAUAAGUAGCUAUUCAAUA